GUCCCAGUCUUGCGACAUCCUCUCCCGAGACAGCACACGCGUGUUUCGGACCGGAAUCAGCGGGGCGACUUGGUAGAACUUCGAGCCUGCCAUGUGGCUUAACUUCGGAGCUGACGGACGGCGCGCUGUUUUCGAGAGGUGAUCGACGUCCGGAUUGUCAACAUGUGGCACCCGAAAUAAGAGGCACCUCUCACCGAGCAUCCAGUCCCCAACUCUUAUUUCCCCCCACCCCAGUGAUGGAAUGAAGACGAAGCCCAUAAUGGAUGAUAAGUCCAGCAAGCUCAUCCUGGUUCCUAUCCUGGCUGUGCUUUUUGUCACGAUAGGUUACCAGUACAUAUGUCCCGCCGGCGGCCAUUCGUGUCCGCUGAAAAACGGAGACGCGCCACGGGGAGUGAGCCUGCUCUCCGCCGGGUACCUGCAGGACGGGGACGAUUUCGGGGACCAGGACUUGGAGGACGACAGCCCCGCCAAGGCGCCGUCCCAGUUCAACUUCACGCAGCGAGACUUGGACCGACGCGUGGAGUUCAACAUGAAAGCGGACGACGUGAUCGUGUUCUUGCACAUCCAGAAGACCGGCGGCACCACCUUCGGCCGGCACCUGGUGAGGAAUAUCCGCCUGGAGCAGCCUUGCGACUGCAAGGCCGGCCAGAAGAAGUGCACCUGCCACCGGCCGGGCAAGGACGAGUCGUGGCUCUUCUCUCGCUUCUCGACGGGAUGGAGCUGCGGUCUGCACGCCGACUGGACCGAGCUGACCAACUGCGUGCCUGUCAUCAUGGAUAAGAAGGAGGUCCAGAGGAAUACGAGGAACUUCUACUACAUCACCAUGCUACGCGACCCGGUCUCCCGCUACCUGAGCGAGUGGAAGCACGUCCAGCGCGGCGCCACCUGGAAGACGGCCCUGCACAUGUGCGACGGACGCUCGCCCACCCAGGACGAGCUGCCCACCUGCUACAAUGGCGAGGACUGGUCGGGCGUCACCCUCACCGACUUCAUGCGCUGCCCAUCCAACCUGGCCAACAACCGGCAAGUGCGCAUGCUGUCCGACCUGAGUCUGGUGGGUUGCUACAACUUAUCCUCCAUGAACGAGAGCCAGCGCGACCACAUCCUGCUGAGCAGCGCCAUGAGCAACCUGAAGAACAUGGCUUUCUACGGCCUGACCGAGUUCCAGCGCAAGACGCAGUACCUGUUCGAGCGGACGUUCAGCCUGCGCUUCAUCUCGCCCUUCACGCAGAUCAACAGCACGCGCGCCGCCAACGUGGACCUGAGCGAGCCCGUGCGCCGACGCAUCGAGGAGCUCAACUUCCUGGACGUGCAGCUGUAUGACUACGCCAAGGACCUGUUCCUGCAGCGUUUCCAGUACAGCCGGCAGAGGGAGCGCCGGGAGGUGCGCUUGAAGAGGCGCGAGGAGCGACGUUGGAUACGCGAGCGGCAGCAAGCUAGGCCGUGGCCGCCCAAACGCCGGGCGGGAGCUUCGAAAAGCCUGUCGGAGAAAGACGACAAUGAGUUUGCAAGCACCACUGAGGACUACACAAGCCAAGUAGCUCGCUGGUGAAGCCAUAAACACAACUCACCGUCUUUAUACACUACUCACAAAAAGUUAGGGAUAUUCGGCUUUUGGGUGAAAUUUCAGGAGUGAAAAUACACUGGCGGCACGGUGGACGACUGGUUAGAGCGUCUGCCUCACAGUUCGGAGGACCGGCGUUCAGAUCCUGGCCCCGCCUGUGUGGCGUUUGCAUGUUCUCCCCGUGCCUGCGUGGGUUUUCUCCGGGCACUCCGGUUUCCUCCCACAUCCCCAAAACAUGCAUGGUAGGUUAAUUGACGACUCUAAAUUGCCCGUAGGUGUGAAUGUGUGUGCGAAUGGUUGUUUGGUUAUAUGUGCCCUGCGAUUGGCUGGCAACCAGUUCAGGGUGUACCCCGCCUCCUGCCCGAUGAUUGCUGGGAUAGGCUCCAGCACUCCCGCGACCCUUGUGAAGAUAAGCGGCUCAGAAAAUGGAUGGAUGGAUGGAUGAAAAUACACUAUAACUUAUACACGUGAACUUCAGUUGACCCUCCCUAAACUUUUGAAUGUCCAAUUCUCCAAUGUUUCUGUUCUUUUUACAUCAUAUGGUAUUCUCUAACAUGGACAAAAUAAGCAAAAUUCACAUCCAUCCAUGAAUAUGUCCAAUUCUAUGCCUUUCUGUAACUCUUCCAAUCUCUCGCUGUGUUGUAGCCUGCUGAUUAUACACAGGCUCUGUUUGGAAACCACUCCCUAUCCAAUAUAUAGUGGAUAGGUGAGUAUAUAGUGAGUUCUAACCAAUUGUCUCCCAAAGUUUGUUGAGCCAAGGCAUAUAUUUUACAUGAGAAAAAUCCGACACUACCAAUAUACACAAUACACAGGUCAAGUAUGCACCUGUCUACCAUUUAAUGAAAGAGCAUUUAUUGUUCUACCUGUCAAUCAAUAUAUGUCACUUGCAUAGAUAGAUAAACAAAAUAUAUAUAUACAUUAUUUGUGAGGCGGCACGGUGGCCGACUGGUUAGAGCGUCAGCCCCACAGGUCUGAGGACCCGGGUUCAAUCCCCGGCCCCGCCUGUGUGGAGUUUGCAUGUUCUCCCCGUGCCUGCGUGGGUUUUCUCCGGGCACUCCGGUUUCCUCCCACAUCCCAAAAACAUGCAUUGAUUGGAGACUCUAAAAAUUGCCCGUAGGUGUGACUGUGAGUGCGAAUGGUUGUUUGUUUGUAUGUGCCCUACGAUUGGCUGGCAACCAGUGGCCGACUGGUUAGAGCGUCAGCCCCACAGGUCUGAGGACCCGGGUUCAAUCCCCGGCCCCGCCUGUGUGGAGUUUGCAUGUUCUCCCCGUGCCUGCGUGGGUUUUCUCCGGGCACUCCGGUUUCCUCCCACAUCCCAAAAACAUGCAUUGAUUGGAGACUCUAAAAAUUGCCCGUAGGUGUGACUGUGAGUGCGAAUGGUUGUUUGUUUGCAUGUGCCCUACGAUUGGCUGGCAACCUGUUCAGGGUGUACCCCGCCUCCUGCCCGAUGACAGCUGGGAUAGGCUCCAGCACGCCCGCGACCCUAGUGAGGAGAAGCGGCUCAGAAAAUGGAUGGAUGGAUUAUUUGUGAAUAAAUAAUCCUUUUCAGGCCAAUUAAGUGAAAUUUGGUAAUUUACCAUGGCACACCUGAUGAACUCUCAUGCACACUAAUGUGCUUGCAGUAUAGUGGUUGAGAAUCAGUGAGUAAAGGUUAUCCACUGUAUAUACAGUAGUGUCCUCGAUGUAGGGGAAUUGGAGACGGUCACUAGAAAAGCAAUAUAUCCAAUGAUGCAUUGCGCUGAUACAAGAAAAUGAUUAUGCGUUUUUGGGGUAUAACUUAAUUUCCAAGAAGAGACAAAUUCAUGUGUUAUAGUGCAAAAAUAUCUGAAGUACAGCAACACAUCACAAGACAGAUGAACAUUAGGUGCUUUGUUUGUAAAAUACACUUAGAAAAAGAAUAUAAUCUAUUAUGAUUUAUUUUAUUGUUCAAUAUUUAUGAUAGAAGGUCCUCCAGUUGGCCUUGAUCCGGUAUGUUAUAAUUACACGAAAGCAAUGACGUAAUUACCGCUGUAAAAUAGUGUUCUAAAACUGACUUUUAAUUUGACUGAUGUGUGAAAUUCAUGUUUGAACCACAGGACAUUCAUUGGUCAAUUCAUUGAUCCAACACCUGAUGUGAAUUUUGCUUUCAAAGUUGUGCAUUCAAAAGAUUAAAAAAAAAAAAAAAGUCAACUAAA